AUGGCAGCGGCAACGACAGAGGAGAUGACGCCUGCGCAGCAAGAGUCGGUCUAUUUCAGCAACUACCCUCCACCCAAGAACCUACCAAAACACGAAGCCCUCGCGAGGGCCUUUAUUGAAUAUCAUACCGAAGCGAACAGACGGGUUGUCCUUGUGACAUCCGGCGGCACAACGGUGCCUCUGGAAAACCAGACCGUGCGAUUCAUCGAUAACUUCUCCGCCGGAACGAGAGGUGCGACGUCCGCCGAGUAUUUCCUCCAGGAAGGAUACGCCGUGAUCUUCCUGCAUCGGCAAUACAGUCUUCUGCCGUAUUCGCGACACUACAGCCACUCGACCAACUGUUUCUUGGAUUUUAUGGAUGAGGCGGAAUCGCCGGACACCGACCAUGGCCGCAUCGUGGUGCGCAGUGAGUAUCAGGACGAGAUGCGGGAUGUGUUGCGGAAAUAUCGCUAUGCCAAACGAAAUAACCUGCUGCUGCUCCUGCCUUUCACCACGGUCUCCGAGUACUUGUUCGAAUUGCGGAUGCUGGCACAGUUGAUGAAACCCCUGGGCCCCAAUGCGCUGUUUUACCUUGCCGCUGCGGUCAGCGAUUUCUUCAUCCCCCGCGAGCGGAUGGCCGAGCAUAAAAUCCAGUCAUCCGAGCUCCCCGCUUCCCUGGAUAGCUCCCAUGCAGUCGCGGGAUCGGAUAUCUACACCGGCGGAAUCGAGGCCCAACCACCCACCCACAGUAAGAAACUCGUGAUCGAUCUGGACCCUGUCCCCAAGUUCCUGCACCAGCUGGUCGAUGGCUGGGCGCCUGACGGAAGCAUGAUUGUCUCGUUCAAGCUGGAGACGGAUCCCAAUCUGUUGGUCUACAAGGCUCAGACGGCGCUGAAGCGGUAUGCGCACCACCUGGUGAUCGGCAAUCUCCUCUCGACACGAAAGUGGGAGGUUGUCUUUGUGACCCCGGAGCCUCCCUAUGAGCGUUGGAUCCGGGUGCCCAAGUCGAGGCGUAGCAAGAGUAUUUCCGGAGCGGAAGAUCAGGUGGGAUUGGCGGAGGCAAAGAAGCAACUCAACGAUGACUCGACGAACCGUUCCCGUGGGGAAACCCGAGGGGAAGAUGUACAGGGGCAAGGAAGCAGUAGCCCCGAGGACGGAGUGGAGAUCGAGAGUCUGAUCAUUCCCGAGUUGGUGAAGCUGCACUCGAACAUGAUCGCCAAACACCAAACCAAGCAAGCAGUGAUUCAGUAG